UCCGCCGUGAGUCAGCCCUCGACAUCCGCUCAGCAUCGCCGCCUCGCCCUCGACAUCCGCCGUCUGUCAGUCCUCGACAUCCACCGUCCGUCAGCCCUGACUUCAGCGUCGGAUCACGCCGCCACCUCUCCAUUUGCUCAUCAGUUGAUUUAUCAUUUUGCAAAUUAUAGUUUGCAACCAUAAUUGGGAUACGUGAUACAACAAUGGUUGAAGAUGAAAACAAAAAUAUAGCCCUUGACCUUGAAGGCGAGGACCAUGGUUUACUAUCUACGACAAGUUUUUUCUCUCAGGCAUCUCAGCAUGAGCCAAAUGUUGAUGAGCCUAUUGGCAUUGAAAAUGGUGAAGGUAAUUUUGUUGUUGAUCCAUAUAUUGGAAUGGAGUUCGCUACUCAUGAGGAAGCUUAUAAUUUCUACAAUGCAUACGCCAGACUAAAGAGAUUUGGUGUUCGCAAGGGUCACACAACUUGGUCGAGAAAGAAAGAUGCAAUCAUAUCUAGAAUAUAUGUAUGUGACAAGGAUUUAAAUUUUUAAAAGAUAAAA